AUGCUGCCUCUCCUGCUCAUCUUUCUCCUGACAACCGCUGGUGAGAAGACCUGCCUCCGUUGCUGGCCACAGAUGCCUGCCCUGCUGGACUAUGACCUGCAGAUUCUCUGGGGCACCUCACCACCACCAGUAGAACUCUCCCAAAGCCUCCACUCCUUCUUCCUGGAGGAUACUUCCUCGAUAAAAUCCUCUUAUCUUGAUAAGAACCAUCUGGAAGAAGAAACAGCCAAAUUCUUCAGCCAAGUUGACCAAAUCAUUCAGAAGUUACGCAAUAAUAAAUCGUCACUUCUGGAAGAGAUUCGUGUAUAUAAGGGUCUCCUUGCCGAGAGGCUGAAUAGGAGAUCAGAGGAGUUGAAGCAGAAGGCCUGCAAUGAGUCCUGUGACAUCAGAUCCACAAUAGAGGUCACUGCGUGUGCAGACUGCGAUACCCACGUCUUAUCCUGCAAUGACGCUGCUCUCUGCCCAGCCAAGAAAAUGAAGUCCUACAUAUGGGCUAUAAUCCUCAGCACUGUGCUACUCGUGGCCAUAGCUGGAGUUGGAUGUUACCUCCUCUGGCUCAAGGGGAAGAAAAAGAAGGAAGCAGAAGAGGAAAAACAAGGCAGCCACUCAUCUCUCGGAAGUGGAAAGAAGUCACAGCAGCAGAUGGAGGAAAAACAAUCCACCUCCACGCUUGGUAACGCUUCCACUGACUCCUUCCACUGA